CAAUCAGCUUUUACUGUAAACAUUCGCCAUUUUUGCACAUAAAUUGGUAGAUUGGGUUGGUAUAUUCUGUAUUUUGGUUGACUGAAGUCAUGCCUGGUGCAGUAAAACCUCAAAAAAAUAUGCCUAUUACGGAGGAAAUUGCAGAGCUCCAAAGGAAGAUAGCUCUUUUGGAUGGUGACCGAAAGGCGUACUAUGAGAGCUCACAAUGGACGAUGCGACAGAACCGUGAGACGAUUAGCAAAAUGCGUAAAGAGAACAAGAUGCUUCAUCGCAAGCUAGCAGAGAGUAAGGCUGGAGAUGAGCGUGUGAUUAGCGUUGCUUUUGACAACCAUGCUGUGGAACGAGCAGCACUUAGAGGCAAAUCUGGAAAGGAUGCUAUUCUUGUAAUGGAUCAAAAAGUGUGUGAAGCAAAGAAGUUAUUAAAUGCGGAGAGGUCAAAGACGAAGUUAAAAGAGAAGAAGUAUGUAGAGUAUGAGACUCAACUAAGCCAGAUGAAGAAGGAUGCGUCGGAUGCUGACAACCUCGCUGAUGGUACAUCCGAUGAAGCAAUGGCCUUGCGAUCACUUGAGAACAGACUUGACAAAGCUGUGCUGAAACUGAAUGAAGCGGUGCAUAUCAAUAGCACCUACCAUUCCAUUCAAGGUCAGAUGAUCAAAGACAGUCUUACAUUUGGUAAUGAACUUGACUCGUUAGAAGCAGAGAUUGAACAACAAAAGCAGGAGCUGACAGAAUUGCAAGCAAUGAACAGAGAUGCACAGAUUUCCAGAGAUGCUGCUAAGACUGAACUAGCUAAACACGAGGAGACAGUUUAUAGAGAAAGAAGGGAAAGAGAAGAGGCACUUGCAGUACUGAAGAAGCAAGCUGAGGAGAAGAGAGCACAUGCAGAGAGGGUUGAGCAAAGAAGGCUUGCUCGCUCUUCAAUUCAACAUGAUGACCUUACACCAGAACAGAAGCAGACCAUUAGUGGUGAGGAUCAAGAGAAGAAGAUAAGCACAUACGAGGAAGCGUUCCUUACCAUCAAAGAAGCAACUGGAGUCUCUGACCUUGGGGAAGUUGUACUAAGAUUUGAGUCGCAAGGUGACACAACCAAACAUCUUGAAGAACUGAAAGAAGGAGGUGAGAAGCAGUUGGUAAGACUCAAAGAGGACAAGGCCAAGUUACAACUGGAGUUUGAGGAGAUGAAGUAUUCAGGAGAAGCUAAGCUGUCCAGUGGGCAGAGGAUGCUGGAAGAGUUUGAGGGUUAUCUGAAGAAAGAGGAGGAGCGACGGGAUGGCUCCAAGACGAAGCUGGACAAAUGCAGUAAAAUUCUUGUCAGUGUUAAAUCAGGAGUUGAACAUCUUGCAGAUAAGCUACAACAUCUGAAAGCAAGCAAAGGUCAUGUACCACAAGCCCAACUUUCCCCUGAUUCCGAUGAGUAUGUUCUGGAUCUGCUUUCUAGAUGCGAGGAGAAGCUGUUGAAACUAAUGGAAGAUUUUGGCGAUAAAGACAUUGAAGAAACCUUGGCAACAAUGGAACAGGAAGAGUACCAUGCUGGCUAUGAGACAAACCUUCCACAAUACAACACACGUAUCAAGUUGCCAACUACCCAGCAGCGGGACAACGUAUAUGACGAUGAAGAAGAUAGCGGUGAGGAUGAAGAUAUCGUGACUCGGGAUAAAUUGAAAAAACAAGCACAGUCAAUAGUGGACUCAAAGACGAAGAAGCACAAAGUGCGGGCCCGCAAGAAGAAAAGCAAAGCAAAAUAAGCAGAAAUGAUCUGAAAAUUUAACUUAAUAAAUAACUUGUUAAGAAUUCAUUAACUAAUAUGAUAUACUUGGUUGCCAUUGAUUAACUCUGUCCAUCUUAUAUUGACAUAAUGUACUCUCGAGAAAAUAAGUGUAAAAUUUGUAUAGUAAAUUACUGUUUAUUCUUAGUGUAUAAAUACACUAAGCCUAAACUUAGAAGAAUCAAUUAUGCAUUACAAAAUAGUGAUGCCUAUCAUACAACAGCAUAAAUUGUUAAUUUGUUAUUAUUGAAUUCAUAAUUAUGAUGAUGGUUAUUAUAAUUUAUUCUUUUGUUGUGAAAUAUAUUGUUAGUAUUUUUAUUCAACAUUGACUCACAAUGGACCUUUUGCUAAUUCGCAGUCCUUCAAUAUUGUUGCUGAUGCUCCACAAAACGCCAGUGUAAACGUACGUAAACACAUGCAUUUGAGGGACAACGUGUGCUUGUAGGAUGUGCGCAUAAUCCACAGCCUGUUCUAAUUGGUCUGUGGUUAAGUUUGAUUGACAUUCUGGAAAGGUUCAUUUACAGGAUGGAAACGAUUCUCCAUAAACUUAUGAGUUAUUGAGGAGUGGACUUAAUUUUGGUCACGAAAAAAUUUUGACAGGAUUUAAGUAUUGAUAAUAUAAUAUUGUAAUGUUACGUAGACUACACAGAAAGUUAGCAUAAGAAAAGAAUAAAAUAAUAAGUUCAGAAUCAUAAAGCAGUCUGGCUGAUAUUCGGAAGAUAUAAACUUUGUGCCUUCUAAACUUCUUUCCAUAAGAAACUUCCAGAAUCAGGUCUAUAUCGUCAACUUAUACGAUCGUAACUUUCUUUAUUUGAGUAUCUUGGGAUCACGUGGUCUCUCUGAGUGGUCGUAUUAUGACAGAUGUGACCCUCGUAGUCCCUACGGUGGUUAUCCAGUUGUCUUUAAGCACCGUACUGGGUCUAUCAUCUCUUCGUUAAACCAUUAGAAAUAUCCAUCGGCGUAACGCACACGUUUACUUGCUGUAAAAAAAAUGUCCUUGCUUUCUGUUUUAUUCACUUGCGUAUGUAGACAAGAAGUUCAGUUCCGUAUCCCACAAGACAUCCCCAUUGUAUAAUAUUUUGUUUUGUAACUGUUAUCAAGAACAUCGAUAAAGCGUUGACAGGUUUAAUAUUUUUUUAUGACUGGUAAAUGUAACGAGAGAUCCCGUCAGAAUAAUAUUCAACAAACGCAAAAUAAUAAAACAAAAAUAAAUAAAAAAAAUUACUUAAAUAGACCUACUUAUAAAUAUUUUCUUGUUCUAUGACAGCUAAGUUUUCCGGCCACUUAAAAAAUAUAUAUAAAUAUUUAUAACAAUUCAAUUUAUGUCUUAAGAAUUUAAAGUUUUUUUUAUUUUAUUGAUGAGGAUGAAAGCGCUUGGAAUACGUUUGACGUUGGUACGAUUUUAUGCAAUUUUUGUUAAAUCUCUGAGAACAUUCCCUUAAUAGAUGGAAAAUAAGUGACAAAAUGCAGCGACUUACCACUUUCGUUCCACACGUUCAUACAAAAACGAAAUGUUAAUGGGAAAAAUAUGUAAAGAUGGUUUUAUUUUAUUAAGCUGCAUCAUAUUAUAAGGUUGAGGACCCAUUAUGCAGUGAACGGUAAUCUGUUAAUAACAUAAAUGAACGUGAAUCAUUGCGGAGUCAUUGCCACAUUUACAAUCUCGCUUAUUUAAUGAUUUUCAAACGUUGAAAUUGUAGUUCGUAAGUGUAUGUUGUUUUCUAAUAUUAAAGUUACUCUAAAUUUCACUGUAAGAUGCUCUUUUGGAGCCAGCAUGCAGCAACUUGUAUCAAUGAGAUUCAUUGAAUAAAACAUCCGUCCUUCCAUCA